AUGUCGUUCCUCGCCGUCACCGCCACCCUUGCAGUCCUCCUGCUGUUGCUCCGCGCCAAGAGGCGCGUCUGCAUCGACGUGCCGCUCGUACACUCGGACGCACCGCUCGCCGCCCGCCUGCAGAGCGGCUACGCGCAGCACAAGGGCCGCGUCUUCAAGCUGCGCUGUCCCCACGGCGAGCAGCUGGUUCUGCCGUCGGCCCAUGUCGAAGAGCUCAAGCUUCUCCCCAAGUCGACCAUCAGCUUUGCCCAAUCCCUAAUCGAUCAAUUCUGGGGCAACCAGACGUUGAUCGGCCACCAUGAUGAAACCCUCGUUGCGACCGCUGUCGUCGCCGACAUGCGCGACGAGCUCGCCUACGCCAUGCCCGCCGCACUGCCGCAGGAUAAAGAGUGGACGCCUUUUCAGGCCCACCCUGCCGUUCUCCGCAUAGUCGCGCUGCUCUCCGGCCGUGUCUUCGUUGGCCAGGCUCUGAGCCGCAACGAAGAGUUUCUCAACUGCAUCGUCAUGUACACGAUUGACUCGUUCUCUGCGUCCACCCGGCUGUACGACGUGCACCCCCUGCUGCGGCCUUUCGCCCGCUUCUUCCUGCCCGAGCUGCAGAGCGUCCGCCGCCAUGUUGCCACCAUGAAACGGCUCGUGAAGCCCCUGGUCGAGGAGCGGCUGCGGAAAGGAGCCGACGCCCCCAACGACAUGGUCUCAUGGAACCUGGAGCAUUCGCCGAGCGCACUGCGGAGUGACGUCGACUACCAAGCGCUUCAGCAGCUGCAGGCAAGCUUCGCCGCCGUGCACACGACGGCACUACUCCUGACCAACAUCAUCUUCGACCUGGCCGCGCGCCCAGAGUACAUCCAGCCUCUGCGCGAAGAGGUACAAACGGCCCUCGACGCCGACGACGGCGUCAUUACCAAAGCGACCAUGUCCAAGCUCGUCAAAAUGGACAGCUUCAUGGCCGAGGUGCAGCGUUUCAACCCUCCAGGCAUCAUGACAUUCAACCGGGCGACCACCGGCCCCGUCACGCUGUCGGAUGGCUUGCAUCUGCCCAAGGGCACGUGGUUGGCCGCGCCGUCGAGCCAGAUCGCCAUGGACCCGGAAAUUUGGGACGAACCGACCAAGUUUGACGGGUUCCGCUUUGAACGCCUCAGACAGCGCCAGGGCAUGUCGGGCAGAUACCAGUUUGUGUCUACCGGGCCCGACAUGCUGCUCUUUGGCUACGGAAACCAGGCGUGCCCCGGCAGAUUCUUUGUGAGCAACGAGAUCAAGCUAAUCCUCGCCACGCUGCUGCUCGAGUAUGAGCUGAAGCUGCCCGGUGACCGCCCGGACACCAUAAUCAACGAGGUUUCGGUCAGACCCGAUUCUCAGAAGGAAGUCCUCAUCCGCCGUCGGGCCUAG